AUGUCCAGGGGGGAUAAGAAUGAGACCGGAGUCAGCGAGUUCCUCCUGCUGGGGAUCACCAGGGACCCCGGCCAGCAACAAGUCCUCUUCUGGUUCUUCCUGUGCAUGUACUUGGUCACAGUGGUUGGAAACACCCUCAUCAUCGUGGUCAUCAGCUCCGACCCACGCCUCCACACCCCCAUGUACUUCUUCCUUACCAACCUCUCCUUCGUCGACCUCUGCUUCACCACCAACCUAAUCCCCAAGCUCCUGGCCAACCACGUGGCAGGAACGUGGACCAUCACAUACCCCCACUGCCUAACCCAGAUGUAUUUCCUCAUCUCUUUUGCCAACGUGGACACCUUCCUGCUGGCUGCCAUGGCGCUGGACCGCUACGUGGCCAUCUGUAAGCCUCUGCAGUAUUGCACCAUCAUCACACCCCGGCUCUGUGCAGGGCUGGUAGCCCUGGUGUGGGUGAGCUCUGGCCUCAUCUCCUUGGUCCACACGCUCCUCAUGAGCAGACUGACUUUCUGCUCCUCGGCCCGGGAGAUCUCCCACUUCUACUGCGAUGCUUACCUGCUCAUGAAGAUGGCCUGCUCAGACACACACGUCAACCAGUGUGUGUUCCUAGGGGCCGUGGUCCUGUUCGUGGCUCCCUGUGUGCUUAUCGUGAUCUCUUACGUCCAGAUCGCCGGGGCUGUCCUCCGCAUCCCAUCAGCCACGGGGCGGUGGAAAGCCCUUUCCACAUGCAGCUCCCACCUGUCUGUGGUUACGCUGUUCUAUGGGACUGUCCUGGGCAUCUACAUACGGCCCCCCAACUCCUUCUCAGCGCAAGACACAGUGGCCACCAUCAUGUACACUGUGGUGACCCCCAUGUUGAACCCCUUUAUCUACAGCCUAAGGAAUAAAGACAUGAAAGAGGCAGUAAGAAGGCUCUUACACAGAGGCCCCAAAUCUUCUUAG